UCUUCUUCGUGGCUCUUUGUUUCGGUCCGUUCACGGCUCGCAGGAAGCUCCGUAUUUCCCUUUUAAAGAACAUUCUCCUUUUCUUGUUUUUUCCCGUGAAGAAGAGCAGCGGGCCUUUGUCGCAGAUGACAGGAAUGGAGGAAUAUAAUACCGGAAGUGAGAGCUCAUUCAACUCUGAAGAAGCUGAUAGCAUUGUCAAAGAGUGUAUCGAGAGCGUCGUCGGUGUGGACGACUACAGCCAGAAUCUGGUGAACAAAUGGACCGCCGGCAUCGUGGAGCGCUGCCUCACACAGCUGGUCAAACAGGGGAAGACGUACAAGUACAUCGUGACGUGUGCUGUGAUGCAGAAAACAGGAGCCGGCCUCCACACGGCAAACUCCUGCUACUGGGACACGGCCAUGGACGGCAGCAGCACGGUGAGAUGGGAGAACCGCACCAUGUACUGUGUGGUCAGUGUGUUCGCUGUGGCUGUGGCAUAGGACACACACGCAUGAACACACACACACACACAUGAACACACACACGGCCACCAGCAGCAGCAGUGUGUUCCUGUGACCAGCAGGGGGCCACAAAGUGCCAUAGCUGUCAUUAUUGUAAUGUUUUGAACUUCUUUAUUUAUCACUCGCUGACAGCCGGAAUCGUUCUUCUUCUUCUUCGGUUUCUGAAGUUUAUUACGUGUAUCAUGUUUUUGUAUUUGGAUUCAUGAGCAGUGUUCAGUCUUUAAUGUAAAAUCCUUAAAGAUUUAAAUGUUUCAACAAAGCGCACAACUGCUUUCUUAUUGCACCGGUUUUCUAUCUACAGUUGAAUAUAUUAUGUUUUACUUUAUUCAAGUACAAUUUGGAGGUACUAGUACUAGUACCAUUUUAUAAUACUACUUAUUCCACAUUUCAGAAGGAACUAUUGUACUUUUUCGUGUGAUAUUACAGAUUAAAGUACCCAGCAGCAUAAAGUAAAUGUGCUCCACCUUCACCAGCUGAUGUCAAUAAAUAAUAAUCUAAUAAUA